AUGUCAACGUAUAAAUACGGCUCCAUGGCGCAUGCACACGACAAUGCGAGACUGAACGUACCCGGACUUCGCUGGAUGGGCCUCCGAACGUUAGACAUCAUUGCGACUGCCGACCGAGCUGGGGAUGGCACCUUGACUCAGCUGACGGCAAGAGACAGAAAGAAAGCCAUUGGCAUGAUGUCGAACAGCCCCGUGUUGGCAGCGGAUGGGCCCGAACAGGAAUGGCGCGCCGAGCUGCAGCAGAUGCUAAUGGUGAAUUUGAAAGCAGAGCUUGAGAUUCUCUACGAUCAGGAGGAAGGACUCGAAGGUUGGAUUGAUAGAAAAAUGGCGACCUCGAGCUGA